AACGAAGAGAGGUAGUUUCGACCGGCAGUUUUGUAACGCAUUCGAAACCUUACUCUAUCGACUCCUAGUUCCAUUUAUCAGUUUGUCUUAAUUUCACGCUGGCUUUAUAUCUGGUUGCUUUCUGUUUAUUCCUGUAUUGCAUAUAAUCUCAUACGCUGCUCCUCACAUCCCCCUAGCACACAAGGUACCACCUGGUUGGACGCAAAUCAACCAAAGGCUGGAGUUACAGUUUUUCAACGCUUUCGAAACUGUUCGCUACCAGCUUCUAGUUCCGAUCCCUAGUUUCUUUUAAUCCCAUGCUUGUGUUAUUCCUGAUUGCUGUCGAUUUUUUAACUUGUUAAAAUUAGCUUCUCAAUGCUUCUCAGUCCACUCUGUGCGGAGUUGCAAAUCUUGAAAUCUCAAGGUUAUGAUCCAGAUGAACAUAAAACUCUUAAGGUAAUCAUGGGAUCUUCUGAAUGUUUACAAGCGUUACCAGACCCUAUCUUCAAGUCAUUUGGGAUACUAUUCUAAACUUGUUGAGUAUGAAAUAAUUAGAGAGAUCAUCCUUGAUUUGGCUUACGAAUAUGAACUUAACUUGUUGACCGGCAAUGAAAAUGAUCUUUAUUGCACAAUGGCUAGGAUAUGGACUGAAUGUCAUAUUUCCAAGGGCAUAAAGGAAGUAUGUUUUUGCAGUAAAGAGAAAUAUGAAAAAGAAAUUAUGAAUAAUAUCGUUUCACUAUUGCAUACACGGAUGGAGAAGAAGCUAAAUGAGAGACUGGGAUUGUUUGGUGACCAUAAUGAAGAUCAAUCUCAAGGUAAUCGUUCAGACGCAAUUAGAAAACUUCAAAGAAAAGAAACCGAACUUGCUACAGAGCUUAGAAGGUUACAGGCAUCAUUUACAGAAAUCGUAUCGAGGAUGUACAGUACAUCUUCCCGUUUAUUUCGAGAAUAUCGACACGAGGUUCGGCCACGAAUGAGUCGUCAAACCUUGACAGUUUUAAAUGAACAAGUCAAAGCCUUACUUCUGCGCGUCAAAACUUUGCAAAAAUCAAUUGAAUAUUCCGCUUCACAACCUUCAGAAACCUUGGAUAUUUUGAAGAAACUUCACACCGAACUUGCUAAUUCGCGUUGUGUUUUGCAAACAGAGGUGAGGGAAUUAGAAACAUUGCUUACAACAUAUGAUGGGAAAGAUAGUGAAUAUCACAAAUUAGUAAAGCAAUAUGUUGACUGCCAACAACAAUUGUCAUUACGUUCUACAUUACUACACGAUACUGAAACUGUACAGCUUAAUCGAAGAUCACAUAAGAACUUUUCAAAUCGUCGAUCAUUGAGUGUUGAUGUUAUGACUCGUAAAUAGUUAAUGUAAAAAGUUUUGUAUAGUUUAUUUUAACACCAAUAAAAUAUAUAUUUUUUAAUA